AUGCCCGGCGGCGAAGACCGGAUCAGCGCUCUGCCGGACGGCGUUCUCCAGCACGUCCUUGGCUUCCUGCCGGCGCAUGACGCCGUCCAGACGAGCGUGCUCGCCGGUCGCUGGCGCCACGCGUGGAGAUCCAUCCGUCGCCUGCACCUCAGCCCCGAGGACUGGUGGGACAGGGGCAGCCCCGAACAUCUGAAGAAUUUCUUCGACGCUCUGCUAUCCCCCGGCGGCCAUGACUCGAUUCUGGAGGAGGCCAAGCUGGACUUCGAUGGAUUGGUCGAAGAUUGCGCGCACGCCGAAGUCUGGAUCCGACGAAUUUUGUCGGGCCAAGCUCAGGUGCUCGAUGUCUCCUUCGCCACACUGGAAAACCCUCCUCUGGUCUCCCGACACCUGAGAAAACUGGAGCUCACUGAAAUGAUUUUAGAAGGAGAUGUUCUUGAUUUCGCGAGCUGCCCAGCAUUGGAGGAUCUUAAGAUGGCAGAUUGCAGAUUAUAUCUUGACAAGAUCUCGUCCCAGUCGGUGAAGCGUCUCAACAUCGACAGCUGCUACUUCUUCUGUGAUUGUCGGCCUAGUAUAUCAAUCCCUAGUCUCCUUUGGCUGCUCCUUGAUUCUUGUAUAGUUCCUUUUCUUGGAAGCAUGCCUUCACUGGAAACAGCAUUUGUGAAGCCUGCAGCAUACUCGAGAGAUUGCUGCAUAAGAGGUGCUUUUAAGGAAUGCUGUGGCAUUUGUGCAGAAUGUACUGGUGAUGGUGACCAUGGCAGCCGCUGCGUGCUUCUCGGAGGUCUGGCCAGUGCUAUACAUUUGGAACUGGUAGCUGAACCUGGAAUGCUUAUAUUUGGAAGGGAUUUGAGGUGGUGUCCUACAUUUAGUAACUUGAAGACAUUGUUGCUGAAUGAGUGGUGUGUGGCUAUUGACUUCCGUGCAUUACUUUGCAUUCUCGAGCAUUCACCCGUUCUUGAGAAGCUCAUUCUUCGACUAUCUAAGAGACGGGAGUUUAUUACUGUGCUGAGCUAUCCAAUGGAAAAAUUACCUGCAAUAUCCAAACAUCUUAAUAUUGUGGAAAUCAGAUGCAGAGAUGUUAAUGGGAGGGUUUGCAGGAUUUUAAAGUUGUUGAGUCGUUUUGGCAGUGCCAUGCAGAUUAGCAUCAAACUGGUUUCGCAACUAUCCACAUGCUUUAGUUUCGAGACAUGGCUUUGGCACUUUCCAGCCAAUGAUGAUGAUGAAUGCAAUAUAAUUGUGCAAGGCUAA